AUGUCUUUGAGAAGAAAGUUGAACAAGGGGGAUCCUGGAUUUGUUUCUGGGAUGGACUCAAAAACCCCUGUUGAGAAUUUGUGUUGUAUUGAACCUGCCUUAAGUUCCUCAUCAAGGAGGAGUAAUUUUUCUGCUCGUUCCAAAUCUUUGGGAGGGAGUUCGAUUAGAGAAGUGAACUUUAGUGAUGUGGGACCAAAGCCUGUGAGAUAUGGAUCUCAAGGUGCUGAGUCAGAGACAUAUAGCAUGUCACAGAAAGAGAUCAAUGAUGAAGAUGCUAGGCUGGUACAUAUAAAUGAUCCUGUCAACACAAAUGAGAGGUUUAAGUUUGCUGGGAAUUCUAUUCGGACCGCGAAGUACUCAAUCCUAACAUUUUUGCCUAGGAACUUGUUCGAGCAGUUUCAUAGAGUUGCCUAUGUAUACUUCCUUGUGAUCGCAGUGCUCAAUCAGCUGCCUCAGCUUGCUGUAUUCGGCCGUACAGCUUCCAUUUUGCCAUUGGCAUUUGUCCUUCUGGUUACGGCUGUUAAAGACGCAUACGAGGACUACAGGCGCCAUAGGGCAGACAGGAUUGAGAAUAAUAGGCUAGCAUUGGUUUUGGUUAAUAAUGAAUUUCAGCAAAAGAAAUGGAAGAACAUUCAGGUUGGUGAGAUAAUCAAGAUUCAAGCUAAUGAAACUAUUCCUUGUGAUAUGGUUCUACUCUCAACUAGUGAACCGACAGGAGUUGCAUACGUGCAGACUACUAAUUUGGAUGGAGAGUCUAAUUUGAAGACACGAUAUGCCAAACAGGAGACUCUUCAGAAGAUUCCUGAAAAGGAAAAUGUUUCUGGGUUGAUCAAGUGUGAGAAACCCAACAGGAACAUAUAUGGGUUUCAGGCUAACAUGGAAGUUGAUGGAAAACAAGUGUCCCUUGGUCCCUCUAAUAUUAUACUUCGUGGCUGUGAGCUCAAAAACACUACUUGGGCAGUUGGGGUUGCUGUGUAUGCUGGCAGUGAGACCAAAGCAAUGCUUAACAACUCAGGGGCUCCAUCAAAGAGGAGCCGACUUGAGACCCAUAUGAACUUGGAGAUCAUCUUCCUUUCACUGUUUCUUGUUGCAUUGUGUACAGUUGUCUCUGUCUGUGCUGCUGUUUGGUUGAGACGCCACAGGGAUGAGUUGGAUUACUUGCCCUUUUAUAGAAGAAAGGACUUCUCUGAGGAUGAAGAAAAAAAUUAUAAUUAUUAUGGAUGGGGAUUGGAAAUAUUUUUCACAUUCCUCAUGUCAGUAAUUGUGUUUCAGAUAAUGAUUCCUAUCUCACUGUAUAUUUCCAUGGAGUUAGUCCGGGUCGGUCAGGCUUACUUUAUGAUUCGAGAUGCUGAGAUGUAUGAUGAGUCUUCAAAUACAAGAUUUCAGUGUAGGGCUUUGAAUAUAAAUGAGGACUUAGGACAAAUAAAAUAUGUUUUCUCUGACAAAACUGGUACGCUUACUGAGAACAAGAUGGAAUUCCAGUGUGCAAGCAUUUGGGGAGUAGAUUACAAUGGUGGAAAGGCAACUUCACAAGAUCAGAAAGAUGGCUACUUUGUCCAAGCGGAUGGGCAGGUUUUGAGGCCGAAGAUGGUCGUAAAGACUGACCCUGAGCUUCUACAAUAUGUUAGGAAUGGAAAAGAGACAAAAGAAGGCAGUUAUGUCCAUGAUUUCUUCCUUGCACUGGCAGCUUGCAAUACUAUUGUGCCAAUAAUUGUGGAUACACCUGAUCCUACUUUGAAGUUGAUAGAUUACCAAGGCGAGUCUCCAGAUGAACAGGCGUUGGUUUAUGCUGCUGCAGCAUAUGGAUUUAUGCUGAUAGAGCGAACCUCUGGCCAUAUUGUUAUUGACAUUCAAGGAGAAAGGAAAAGGUUCAAUGUUUUGGGUUUGCACGAGUUUGAUAGUGAUCGGAAGAGGAUGUCUGUUAUAUUGGGGUUCCCAAACCAAUCCGUUAAAGUGUUUGUAAAAGGAGCUGACACAACAAUGUUUAGUGUCAUAGACAGAUCUCUGAAUACGAGUAUAAUUCGUGCAACCGAAGCCCAUCUGCAGUCUUACUCCUCAAUAGGCUUGAGAACACUCGUCAUUGGGAUGAGAGAACUGAGUACUUCAGAAUUUGAGGAAUGGCAUUCUGCAUUUGAGGUGGCUAGCACUGCUUUAAUGGGUAGAGCCAGAUUGCUUCGUAAGAUUGCAAGCAAUAUCGAAAGCAAUCUUUGCAUAUUAGGUGCCUCUGGUAUCGAAGAUAAACUACAGCAAGGAGUUCCAGAAGCCAUUGAGUCUCUUAGAACAGCUGGGAUCAAAGUAUGGGUGUUGACUGGGGACAAGCAAGAAACUGCCAUAUCAAUUGGAUACUCCUCAAAGCUGUUGACCAGUAAAAUGACACAAGUUAUAGUUAACAGCAACUCUAAGGAAUCAUGCAGAAAGAGUUUAGAAGAUGCCAUCAUCAUGUCUAAGAAACUUACAACUACGUCUGGCACUACAAAUGAAACUGGUAGAACUUUGGGAACUGGUUCAACACCUGUAGCAUUGAUUAUUGAUGGUACCAGCCUUGUUUAUAUUCUUGACAGUGAACUCGAAGAAAGGCUCUUCGAGUUAGCCUGUAAUUGUUCUGUGGUUUUGUGUUGUCGGGUGGCCCCAUUACAGAAAGCCGGAAUCAUUUCCCUUGUAAAGAAGAGGACCUCAGACAUGACACUUGCCAUUGGAGAUGGUGCUAAUGAUGUUUCAAUGAUCCAAAUGGCGGAUGUGGGAGUUGGCAUUAGUGGCCAAGAGGGUAGGCAAGCUGUAAUGGCAUCCGAUUUUGCAAUGGGUCAGUUCAGAUUCUUAGUUCCUCUGUUGUUUGUCCAUGGGCAUUGGAAUUACCAGCGGAUGGGCUACAUGAUACUAUACAAUUUUUACAGGAAUGCAGUGUUCGUCCUUGUUCUAUUUUGGUAUGUGCUCUUCACUUGUUUCACUUUGACCACUGCAAUCAAUGAGUGGAGCAGUGUGUUGUAUUCUGUAAUCUACACAUCGGUGCCUACAAUUGUUGUCGGUAUUCUUGACAAGGACCUAAGUCGACUCACACUUUUAAAGCAUCCUCAGCUGUAUGGGGCCGGGCACCGAGAUGAAUGCUAUAACAAAACACUCUUUUGGAUAACAAUGCUCGAUACUCUCUAUCAAAGUGUGGUUGUCUUUUUCAUUCCUCUUCUCGCAUACUGGGGCAGCACCAUUGAUGCUGCAAGUAUUGGAGAUCUUUGGACUCUUGCAGUAGUUAUAUUGGUUAAUUUACACUUGGCCAUGGAUGUCAUCCACUGGAAUUGGAUAACUCAUGCAGCCAUUUGGGGAUCUAUAAUUGCAACUUUUAUUUGCGUUAUCGUUAUAGAUGCUAUACCAUCUUUAGUUGGUUACUGGGCCAUUUUUGAAAUUGCGAAAACCAGAUUGUUUUGGUUCUGUUUACUUGCCAUCAUUGUCACUGCACUAAUACCUCGAUUUGUCGUGAAAGUUCUUUAUCAGUUUUAUGCACCUUGCGAUGUUCAGAUUGCACGGGAAGCAGAGAAGUUUUGGGCUCAGAGUCAGUCUGCAGCUGUAGAAGUAGAAAUGAGUCCGAUCUUGGACCAUCCAAGGCGAUGAUAAGGUGAUUUUGUUCCUUCUUUUGACCAUAUUUCUUUCUUGUAAAGUAUCAUGCUCUUUAGGCUUCUGCAGAGUAUUAAAUUUCAUCGUCAGAUUUUCAUUGAUUGCUAUCCAAAGGAUAGAAUUAAUAUACCUUAGGUUUGUAUUUUUUAUUGUAUAAAAUGAAUAUAAAUUAGCAUUGUUUAUAGACAAAGAAAUCAUACACAGAAACAUACACGCAGAUUUCAAUGAAUACAUUUUGAUUGCCA